AUGACCCAUUUUUAGAAUUAUUAUCGUUUAAAUACCACGAUUGCUUUUCUUUAUUCCAGUAAAAUGAAGCAUGAUUUGUACUUAUCGAGCUUAGUUCAUCGCUAAUUACUAUUUUGUUUGAUAACUUUGAUCUACCUACCUUUACUUCUUCAGCUCCAUCGCUCUCAUAAAUUUAAUCUGGAAGAUUCAUUUUUUCUUAUUAUUAUUAAUCCUAUUUCAAUUUUAGUUGUAUGCAUUUUAGUAUCUUUGUUACAUAAGUGCUAUUAUCAAUAAUUUCAGGAUCUCCUAGAUCAUUAUAUUAUUUUUAAUCUAGUUUAUCUGCUAUAUUUGACUAUAAAACAGUAAUUGGCCUAUGAUAAUCUUCUUCUUCUACGACUUAAGUCUGAUUUUUUGUUACAUUCAAUACCUAAUUUUCAGUAACAAACUCAAUGUUUGCUUCAGAGUUAUCUUUAAAAUCGAACACGUUGUUAUAAUCCUUUUUCUCUUAUUUAUCUGUAUUUAUAAAAACAUUAGAGCUACAAUUUUAGGAUAUAAUCAUGCUUUCCAUUAUAUUCUAUUAAUUGGAACCCUAAAAGCUGA